GCUAAGGCUAUUGCCUUUUUGCGCGAAAGAUCACUCGGGCGCAACAUCCCAAUAGCUCCGCGGUGGCCAUCGCACAUCACCAACCCGCACACACAGACACACUCUCACACACAACACAACACACCCACACGACCAUGGGAAGCAGACGUCAGUAGUCAGUACAUCCUUGUCAGGGGGCGCAGAAAGUAACCGUGAACAAACGUUAGUAGCCCGAACCCCGUCGAGUCGAUUGAGGUUCCCCCGUUUUUCACUGUUUCGGCGCUGGCCCAGCUGCUGGUGCUGUUGUGUGCCUGCCUGCGUGUGUGUGUGUUUGUCUGCUGUGCUGUGUGCUGGAGACAAAGAGAACGGGAGCAGGCUGGUGAGGAGGAGGAGGAGGAGGCUCUGAUUCUGAUUCGCUCCACGGGACGACUUUCCCAACAGCCGACGACACCGAAAUCCGAAUCCGCAAAAUCCGGCGGACGUAUCUCGUGGACAGACCGUGGUGCACAGAUCCAGAAUAACCGUCGAGUGGGGGCAGUGGUGGUGGUGGUGGUGGUGUGGUGGCCAGCAACAUUCGACGACCGAGGGCGAGCGAAGAGCAUUUAACCGGUGUUACUGGUGAGAGGUCUUCGGCCGGUCAACCAGUCAACCAGCCAGUCCUGGCGAGGCUGCCCUUGAAACUUCAACACGCUAUCUGCAAUCAACUCUUUUGUCUUGGUCUCGCGGUCCCUCUCUCUCUCACUCAUGCACAUGCUCUCUCACCAAAGCACUGGACGGAAUUAAUCAAUCAAAAGCGACAUACAUGCAUCGUGGUGCAAUCGGUGGGCCGGUUCACUAGCUACCAGUGCCCUGAGGUAGAACGCGCACGAUCGCUUAGCUGCUGCCCCGUCAUCAUUGUCAGCAAUCAAACGUACCAUAAUCUACCAACCAACAAAACCAACCAACAGUCGAAACGGCGAUAUCCGAUUCCGAACUUGGGGGCGGGGGGAACGGAAGGGAGUAAAAUCCGUCGGGAUUUUCUGGAUGCAAAUCGCGCCGCAGAAGAUCGCCGCCGUCACCGUCGUUAAUCACAGUCUGCCGCAAUGCCGAAAUGUGACGUUAAGACCAGGUAUAUUCCAGCCACCUUUGCCUGGACGCUGCUGCUCAGCACCACAUUCCUGUUCUUCUGGUACCCAUGUCGCCAGUUCUACCUGCAACGGUAUCCCUGGGUGCUAGCCUACCAGGCCGUGAUAACGUUCUUUGUUAUCGCCAACUUUACACUGGCCACGUUCAUGGAUCCCGGUGUCAUUCCCAAGGCCCCACCGGACGAGGAUCGCGACGAUGAGUUCCGGGCACCGCUGUACAAGAAUGCCGAAAUCAACGGGAUCACGGUGCGCAUGAAAUGGUGCGUCACGUGCAAGUUCUAUCGGCCACCCCGAUGCUCCCACUGUUCCGUCUGCAACCACUGCAUCGAGACGUUCGACCAUCACUGUCCAUGGGUGAACAAUUGUAUCGGCCGCCGGAACUAUCGGUUUUUCUUUUUCUUUCUAAUCUCGCUAUCGGUGCACAUGCUGAGCAUUUUCAUACUGUCGCUAAUGUAUGUGUUGCAGAUGGAGCGGGAAGUGUUGACCCAAGUCGAACCGAUAGUGGCUAUGGUGCUGAUGGCAAUCGUCACGUUGCUCGCUAUUCCGAUCUUUGGCCUGACCGGUUUCCAUGUGGUUCUCGUAUCGAGGGGGCGGACCACCAAUGAGCAGGUGACGGGCAAGUUCAAGGGCGGCUACAAUCCGUUUUCGCGCGGAUGCUGGAACAAUUGUUGCUACACACAAUGUGGUCCGCAGUAUCCGAGCCUGCUAAAGCCGCAAAAGUACGUGGCGCGUCGCUACAACAAGGAUAGCCAACCAAUCAGUACCAUCACCAACGAUGGCGGUGAGGGUGGUGGCUCGAACCGGCGCCAAUUUCCCGGCCGGCCCUCCCAGCAGCAACAGCAGCAACAGCAGCAACAACAGCAGCAACAGCAACAGCAGCAGCAUCCGCAGCUACAGCUACAUCAACAGGCAAUGAAUCAGGCCAGUGGUGGUGGUGGUGGCAUCUAUGAUAAUAACCGGCACACGCAGGUAAAAACCUAUAUGGAUCAAGGCAAUGGUCACGGUAUACGUACAGUUGGAUCCAGUCAUUACAGUAAGCUAUCGCCGGGCCGCGAGUGCUCGGAUAUCGAUAUGGAACCGCAGGCCUCCCAGAGCCGGGACUGCGAACCAACGCCACCGUUGCAGCGCCACGGUUCGAAGAGCAACUUUUUCCUGCCCUCGCUGGACGGUACGGCCAUGUCGAUGCAGUCGGCAGGUGGCGGCACUGGCUCCGCCAACGGUGGCGACUCACCCCGCCAGCAACAGCAACAGCACAUACGCAUGUAUCUACCACGGCACAGUCCUCAUCCCCGGCAGCGUGGUCUGGAUCCGUCGCGUAGCUUCACACCGGAGGGACUAUCGCCCGACCAGUCCGGAGCGUUGCCACCGAUGAUCACUAUACAGUCCCAGCAGCAACAGCAACAGCAACAACAGCAGCAGCAGCAACAACAACAACAACAGCAGCAGCAGCAACCGCCAGGAGCAGGAGGUCUGCGAGGAGGAGGUGGACCGACAUCGGUGGCAACACCGACAAUGCAGCAGCGCAUCAAGGCACUCGGUGUCGCAACACCACUCGCCAUGUCCAGCCCAGUUCGAAGAUCCAACCCAGGCACACCAACACAACCGAGGCGACCGGAGUUCAUAGGCGUUGGUCAGCAGCAGCAGCAGCAGCAGCUCGUUGGAGGCAACGGCAGCAUGGCUGGCAACUACUAUGAUAUUCCGAUGGUGCAACAGCAGCAGCUGCCACCGCUCGCCCUGCACCAGACGUCCGGAUUGCCUCCUCAGCAUUCGUUCCACCAGCAGUACCCGAUGGUGCAUCACAACGGAGUGCUGGCUGGCGGCAACCCGCAACAACAGCAACAGCAGCAGCAGCAGCAGCAGCAACAACAACAAGCCUCUCAGCAACAGCAACCGCGGGGUCCAUCGGUUGUCUACCAUCAUGGUAGCCCCCAGCGCCGCUACCUGUCCGAGGGUGAGCUAGUGCGACAGGGUGCGGAGCUGUCGUACGCGCGCAGCAAUCAAACGUCGGACAACAUCCGGGAGCUAGCUGGCAGCCCGCAACGGGGCGUCUACCUCUGGAAGGACACGUCACCGGGCUUUAGCCAAGGGCCAGGAGAACCGGGCCAGGGGCCACUGCCCGCAGGCCUCAGCAUCCAGUCGGUAUACCAGAACACGUCCAGCCCCUCUGCCGUUCCACACCAUCAUCUUCAGCAGCAGCAACAGCAGCAACAGCAGCAGCAGCAACAGCAGCAACAACAACAACAACAACACCAACAACAACAACAACAUGAUCAACAGCAACCGGUAGCGCCAUUCGGAACGGUUAGUGCCGCCCGGUAUCAGCUGCAGCAGCAGCAGCAGAGUACCCUAGGCAAUAACAUCGCUUACCAUCCGGCGCUACGCGGUGGUGUGCCCGUCUUUCCACCGCAACCACCAACAUCAACGAUCGUAGGCGGUGGUAGCGGUAGUGGUGGACCGGGGGCCGGACCGAUCGGCUCGAAUGGUGUCGGUGGCGCGGUGCCCGUCACCGUCAUCGGUCCGCAAGCCCCUUCACCGUCCGUCAAGCGCAAGGCGACCCCGAACCGGCCGAUGUCCUUCGUACGCGCCCUCGAGAUGACCGAUUCAAUGGAGAUGACGGCAGUGACGGGUGGGGGCGCGAGUGGCCUCGGAGAGGGUGGUCUAGUGUCAGCUGUCGGUGGUGGUGGUGCGCUGCAGCCGGCCGUCGCCGGUACCGUAGGAGGUCCAUCGCAGCCGCCCGGCGCUGGGGGACUGCGCGGACCCAACGCGUCCACCUCGCCCGAUCAGCGGGCCAGCGUCUACGAUAUGAACUACGAGAUAUCGGUGUAAACAUGCCAGCCCCGGGCCGGGCCGGGCCGGUGGUACGCCCUAAUCCGCAAAAAUCCGUGCAACCCUCGGCAUCGCUGGGCACGCUUUUUGUCCAGCUGCUGCAAGCUGAUAAUCACGGACUUCUAUUGUGAAGGCAAGAUAGAGAGAGAGAGAGAGAGAGGAAAAGAGAGAGAGAGAGAGAGAGAGGGAGAGAGAGAGAGAGAGAGAGACAAACAGAGAUCAAGGUAUUAAUUAGUCAGGAGGACUGGACCGAGGGGCGAGAGAGGGUGGGAGGAAGAGGAAUGGUUUAUGGUAUAAAGAUCGAAUGAGUUGUGGAGUCGCAUGGUGAAUGGCCAUGGCGUUGUUGAGGCGUCAAGCGAUAAUGAAGGGGGAGGGGGGGGGGAGGGUGGGGUUAUAGACACCGUUGGGACCAUGGUCCCCGUGGUGUACCGCUGCCCAGGCCCGGUCUCCUAGUCACCCCCCCAGUGGUUUGCUUUUGGUGUCCAAAAACGUGUUCCCAUCCCCCUUUCCCCCAUUCACCAGAUCCAGAUCCCCGACAAAGCACUCUUCUGCUCUUCUUCCUUCCCCACCACCUCCACCACCUUCCGUCUUCCGUACCGUCUCCGUACCAGCUACCGCCGAUCUCACAACGACGAUGACGUCGAGUACAUAGUACAUACGGAUGUAAGCGUUACUGCCUUAACAGCCGCCCAGUUGGUGUGUGUGUGUGUGCGUGCGUGUGUGAGUGUAUUUGUGUGUGUGCGCGAGAGAGAGAGAUAGAGGGGGAGAGUGGAAGUGGUGAUCGCGAGAUAACCAGCGGACCAGCUCGUCGGCCGAGUGUCUAACGGUUCUUCUGCGAUUCUAACGCAGCUGUCCCGACGACUUGUCCCAGUUGAUUACGCUGUCGUCAUCGUGCUGCUAACACGAAUAUUGUCAACCCUGGGCAGGGUAAUCUGCGACGUGAGGUUAAGGGUGUAAUACGGGGGAAGGGGUAGUGAGGUGGGGUGGAACUAUUCUUUCAUUAAACGCAGGUGCGGAAAAGGACUACAGAAGAUUAGGGGGUGGGGUGGGAGUGAGGGAAGGGUAGGGGCCAGUAGGAGUAUGUCAAAAUGCCAAAUGAAUCCACGGAAGUAUCCGGGAGUUGUUGCCUCCAAACUCAAAAUACGGCCACAAUACACACACACACACACACACACGCGCACACACGGUCAGGCAAGGUAGGUUAGACCCUCCUCCAUUGUUGAUCGAGCGCACCCAGUAUGUGCACUUGUGGUGCGUGUGUCUGUGUGUGUGUAUGUGUGUGUGUGUUUGUUGUGUGGGCAAUCCAUGACUCGCGACUCGUUUACUGCAGCCGCUGCAGCCUCUCGCAUGCGAUUUCCAAAGCCAAUGCAGAGUACCACCACACCCGGCGUCCUUUGAUUACGUAUAAUAAGCGCGCCUUGUGCAUUCUCUGUCCCGUCCCCGCGUCCACCGUCGCUUCGUGUACUUUGCUUCCGGGCGCCAUGUUUGUUUGUACUUUUUUUUUGUUAUUAUCUUUUCAUGCCAUUCCUCGACAGGUGGUAAAUCGCAGGUGAACCUGUUGAAGGAUUCCAUCCACCGCGAAUGG